AUGCUCGUCCUUACCAUCGUCCCAAGUACUUCUACGUCGCCAAUGGACGACAUGUUGUGGAUUACCGUCUGUGCGACCAUCAGCGUCAGUGUGUUCGGUGUCGUCAUAUAUCAGCAUAAAGUAAGAGCCAUUCAGAGAGUAUUCUUUUCAGGCAAAUUGAAAGGGAAAGCGCCAAUUCUGCAGUGGAUCGGUCGCGUCGAAAUGAAGCAGUAUCAGGAUUGCCCAGUAGCAGUACGGGUGCCGCGACAAUUCGACGAACCAGAAGAGGAUCAACUGUUCCGAGAAAUUUCCUCAAUGAGAAGACUUCGCCAUCACGAUCACAUUGCUUUGUUUCUCGGUACA